CGACAAACCAAACAAGAAUGUCUCUUGCAAAUCAUAAGAAUCUCUUAUUUGAUUAGGAACAACAAAGAAAAGCCCACGUAUCAUGGCUUGCAGUAGCAAUGCAAUUCCCAAACAGAAUUCCCCAAUGAAUCUAUCAAAAGCCAACCUAUUUGGACAGCUAGGAAUAUUGUUUUAGUACCCCCCUAAUUGAUAACUACAAUGUGGAGAUUACUUCAAGGUUUCACACCUCCAUGCAUAACUCCAAAACUUAUCAUUCUUUUCUAUACCUCAGAGUUUCCAAGAACCAAAUUCGUAUCUUUCUUUGGCCAUUCUUUGCUCUCUCUUUGAUUCUCUAUGAGUUUUGGCUAUCAAGAUCAGAGUUACGUUACUCUGCCACAAGGGCUAGAACCAAACGAGGCAUCUCCAGAGUGGAAUAGCAAGGCAGACAAUGCAUGGCAACUCACAGCAACCACCAUGGUUUGUCUACAGAGUGUUCCAGGUCUUGUGAUUCUAUAUGGAAGCAUGGUGAAGAAGAAAUGGGCUGUGAACUCUGCUUUUAUGGCCUUUUAUGCAUUUGCAGCUGUUCUUGUUUGCUGGGUUUUAUGGGGCCAUCACAUGGCCUUUGGCAAUAAGCUUGCCCCACUUGUGGGAAGACCCAAUUCUGCACUUUCUCAGGCUUUUCUCCUAGGCAAGUCUAGAGUGGGUCUUGUUCCUGUGGCUGAUUAUGUGUUUUAUCAGUUUGCAUUUGCUGCCAUUACUGUUAUAUUGCUUGCUGGGUCUUUACUUGGGAGGAUGAACAUCUAUGCUUGGAUGCUAUUUGUUCCUUUAUGGCUCACCUUUAGCUACACUAUUGGGGCUUUCAGCAUUUGGGGAGGAGGCUUUCUUGACCGGCAUAUAAUUGAUUAUGCAGGUGGCUAUGUGAUACAUCUAUCUUCUGGGGUGGCUGGUUUCACUGCUGCUUAUUGGGUAGGACCCAGGCAUUCACAUGAUAGGCAACACUUCCCUCCCAAUAACAUAAUUCACAUGUUAGGGGGUGCAGGGUUUCUGUGGCUGGGAUGGACAGGUUUUAAUGGUGGGUCUCCAUUUGCUGUUGGGUUGGUGGCAUCACUUGCCAUUGUUAAUACCCAUCUCUGCACUGCCACCAGCCUCUUGGUUUGGGUUUCUUUUGACAUGAUUGUAUACAAGAAAAGCUCAGUCAUUGGUGCUGUUCAGGGGAUGAUCACUGGCCUCGUCUGCAUCACUCCUGGCGCAGGAUUAGUGGAGCCAUGGGCAGCAAUGUUGAUGGGAGCAUUGUCUGGUUCAUUGACAUGGUACACCAUGAUGGUAUUGCACAGGAGGUACGCAUUCUUCCAAAGCGUGGAUGACACAUUGGCAGUCUUUCACACGCACGCCGUCGCUGGCCUUCUCGGAGGAAUUCUUUCCGGUCUCCUUGCUAAACCCGCCCUUCUAAGUUUGAUUUAUCCAGACACCACCUACGGGACAGGAUUAAUCUAUAGCCUCACAAAUGGAAGAAAGAAGGACGGCUUCAGACAAAUGCUUUGCCAGAUUGAAGGAGCAGCUUUCAUUACUGUUUGGAAUGCAGCUGUGACAAGCUUAAUUUGUAUCCUGAUAAGCCGCAUUGUUGAUCUGAGAAUGCAAGAAGAUGACCUGGAAAUAGGCGAUGACGCUGUACAUGGUGAAGAAGCCUAUGCACUUUGGGGUGAUGGAGAGAGAAUGCCAAAACCUCGUCAUCUGCAUCCGAGGCUGCCUUCCUUGUGUCGACGUUGAGUUGAGUUUCUUACGAGGCCUGAUUUCGAUCUGUAAUGGGUGUCUAAUAAGUUCCUGUGAUGCUCUAGGGAAUGUGGUAAUACUCUUUACUGCAGUUCUUGCCCAAUUUUUAUCAUACCCAGUGCAUAAAGUCAAUUUUCAUGUUUGGAGGAGAAAAUUAACUGUAAAAGACAAUUUUCCCAGAAAGAUAAGUCUGAGAUUAUCGUUUGUAGGAUGAGAAUGUUGUAGUCAAAGUGUAAUCUUAUAUUUGCUGGUAAAGACAACCAAGACAGAAUAAUGUCCAUAUACCCGGAAAA